AACCAUGUAUGGAAAAGCAGUGAUUGCUUAGUGUAACGUUCAAAGGCUAACGUGUCUCAAACCUCACACCCUCCCCUUUUUGAAAACCAAUGUACAAAAAGCCGAACCACUUUCGUACUCUGCGCAACCGUAGCUCUUCUACUCUUCCUCUCUGCAGCAUAAACCAUUUCUCUUCUUCCCUUUAACUCCUGUGUCCCCACACCACAACAACCUCAUUUUAAAACCCAACCCCCCCAAAAUAAGAAAUACAGAGAGAAACACUGUUCUCAGUGACUCAGAGUCCAAACUAAGAUGCUAUCCAGAGCAAACGGUAACGUUUGGAUGGAUGAUACAGAGGACCCAGGCUCUGCUUCUUGGGCCAAAACCAACAACAAGGAAGAGAUGGGUUCGCUUUCAAGCUUCAAAUCCAUGCUGGAAAUGGAAGACGAGUGGUAUAAUAUUAAUUUGGCUAAUAAUUCUCUCCAAAGCCACACUGAUAUGGGAGGCUUAACUUUCUCUUCAAGCUUGCCUGACCCAGAAAACCUAUUGCUGAACCCAGUGGACUCGUCCUCUUCCUGUUCACCAUCUUCCUCUGUUUUCACCAAUUUCGACCCAUCUCAGGUGCACUACUUUUUACAUCCAAAACCCACUUUGUCUUCACUCAUUAACACACUCCCUAGUAACCCUGGGUUCGAUUUGGGGUGCGAGGUUGGGUUUCUUGAACCCCAAGCAACUAAUACUUUGGCAAACAGGGGAGUAGGGGGUUUGAGCAAUUUCACCGAUUUAGGCUCGAAUUCUCAGAUAAACAGUCCCAAUUUGUGUUUAGACCCUCAAUUCCAAACGACCCGUCUUCUCAAUUUGCCUGAAACUGGCUCCAGUUCCGGUUUCGAUGGGUUCAAAGGCUUUCAAGAGAAUUCUGGGAAUGCUCUGUUUUUGAACAGGGCUAAGCUUCUAAGACCCCUCGAAUCUUUCCCUUCAGUGGGAGCUCAGCCUACUCUUUUUCAAAAGAGAGCGGCUUUGAGGAAGAAUUUGGAGGAGAGUGGAGCCAAUUUGGAAAUAUCAAAGGCGGCUGAAGUAGAUAAGGGCAAGAGAGAAAUGGGGGAAGAGUAUGAGAGAAAGAGGAAAUUGAGUAUUGGGGAUGACAUUGAAGAUGUGAGCUUUGAUGGGUCGGGUUUGAAUUAUGAUUCUGAUGAGUUUUUAGAGAAUGAAAAGGCAGAGAUGAAUGUUAAGAAUGGUGGAAAUAGCUCCAAUGGCAAUAGUACUGUAACAGUUGGAGAACAAAAGGGGAAGAAGAAGGGUCUCCCUGCUAAGAAUUUGAUGGCUGAGAGACGCCGCCGGAAGAAGCUCAAUGAUAGGCUAUACAUGCUGAGAUCCGUGGUUCCAAAAAUUAGCAAAAUGGAUAGGGCUUCAAUCCUUGGAGAUGCAAUUGAGUACUUGAAGGAACUUCUGCAAAGGAUCAAUGAUCUCCAUAUCGAAUUGGAGUCAACCCCUCCUGGCACUUCAUUGACACCUACAACAAGCUUCCACCCUUUGACACCGACUCCAGCUACCCUACCUAGCCAUAUCAAGGAAGAGCUUUGCCCCAGCUCAUUGCCAAGCCCGAAUGGCCAAGCUGCAAGGGUUGAAGUUAGGUUACGAGAAGGAAGAGCUGUAAAUAUCCACAUGUUUUGUGGCCGCAGACCUGGUCUCUUGCUCUCCACUAUGAGGGCUCUGGAUAACCUUGGGUUAGACAUACAACAAGCUGUCAUUAGUUGUUUCAAUGGGUUUGCAAUGGAUAUUUUUCGAGCUGAGCAAUGCAAGGAAGGCCAAGAUGUCCAUCCCGACCAAAUCAAAGCAGUACUCUUGGACUCAGCUGGCUUCCAUAACAUGAUGUAGGUCGAAAGUUACAGAUUGCAGUUGUUUCUCAAAAAUUAAUCUCUCAAAUGUUUUUUUUUUUCCUUUUCCCCAAAGUUCAAUUGUCCUACCAAUCUAGUUUAAGCAAUUAGCAGAUUAGCUCAUUAGCAUGUAUCAGCAGGAAGUUGACCAACAACUCCCCCUGCGUUGACUGAAUAUCUGUAGACAGCCUUUCUCAGCUUUGAAAUAAUUUGUCCCGUUUUGAAUUUU